AUGGAUGGUUCUAGUAUGAGUGCGCUAAUGGUUUCAAGUAAUGGUCACUUUCCUGCUACACAGGCGCUACAGCUGUGGGAAAACGGUGUACUGAAGGAAAGGGAAGGAUCAAUGAUGGAUGCGAUUACGUGCUACCGACAGGCGUUGAAACUGGAUGAAGGUGUCGAGAAAACGUAUCGGCGUAAAGUUCUCGAGGAUUUGCGACUUGCAAAGCAGUUGCGGGAGUUGAAGAUUGAUAAUGGUUCAGGGGGAGACAAGAAUGAAGCUGAGACGGAGAUAAUGGCCGGGGAAGAGGGACAUGGUACAUUAAAAGACCAAGAAGCGGAAGAAAUAAAGCCUUGCUGGAUUUUGGAUAUGUUACCAAAAGAAAUUUUGUUGCAAAUUGUACACCAUGUGGUCCGGACUUCGUCGGAGUCGUGGUUAAACUUGUCCUUGGCGAAUUCCACUUUCAAUGCACUCUGUUUUGGAGAUCCAGCACCUUAUAAAACGUUUGCGCACGACAUUUAUGCGCUUCAACACUACGACGAGGCGUCUAUGAUGCUGAAUGGCGUGUCGAAUCUGGAUUCGCUUGAGACCACACUUUGGCAAGGUGACUGCGCCAAAAUGCUACGCGAGAGGCCAUACGUCAAGUUUGAAGGCAUCUACAUAAGUACCGUGAACUAUUUACGCCACGGCGCUAACCCCGAGGGGUCACUGUCUCUGAUCAGGCCCGUCCACAUGAUUACCUAUUACCGGUAUUUCAGAUUUUACCCAGAUGGGACUUGUUUGCGACUACUAUCCACUGAUCAGCCCUCUUUUGUCGUCAAAUCCUUCGCGCAUGAAAACAAUGUUCGGCACGCUGAGAUCUGUCAUUGGUCUCUCAGUCUGGAUGACAACUUCAGCCGAUUGGUCAUAACUCGCAGUAACGAGAAAUACAGGUUUCAAGAAACUUUAGAAAUCAAAAAUCAGGCACACAAAAGACAUCACCGAUUUAUGUGGGUAGAAUCCUGUGCUUUCGACAAAGAAGAUAAAAGAUUGGACUUCGGAAUGAGAAAUGAGAAACCUUUCUAUUUUUCAAGAGUCAAAUCCUAUGUUACAAGACAAUAG